AGUCCUUGAAUUGAUCUAUUUGUGCCAUUCACCAACAUCAUGUACGCAGAACGCUUGGAUAAGCUUCUUUCUCUCCUCCCCGUGGAAAAUGGCGACUUUGGCUUUAUGAGCUGCGCGGUGUAUGACACUGCCUGGGUCGCCAUGGUAGCCAAACCUGGUCCUCACGGCAAGACCUGGCGAUUUCCCGAAUGUUUCCGCUAUCUGCUCGACACGCAGAAAGACGAUGGGAGCUGGCCGACGUACGCAGCCUCGGUGGAUGGGAUUCUCAACACGGCCGCUGCAUUGCUUGCCCUGUUGCUGCACCAACGCCAUCCCUAUCAGUUGACCGAGUACUCACACCAAGACCUCGACCAGCGAAUCCAAUCAGCCACAAAAGCCCUCCACGCCCUUCUGCAAUCAUGGGACGUGGACACCUGCGACCAUGUGGGGUUUGAGGUACUGGUGCCGAAGAUGCUGGAGCUGCUCGCGGAGCAUGAGAUCAAAUUCACGUUUCCCGGUCAGGAUUCCCUGGCUCGGCUCCGUGAGCAGAAGCUGGCUGGGUUCAAAGCGGCGUAUUUGUACUCCCCUGCUAAGCUGACGGCCUUGCACGGUCUCGAGGCGUUUUGGGGCCAGAUCGACUAUGACCGUGUGCGGCAUCACAAAGUCGACGGAGGCUAUAUGGGGUCGCCAUCGUCGACGGCAGCUUGUCUGAUGGGAGGCUCGACUUGGGAUGAGGAGUGCGAGCAGUUUUUGCAGCGGGUGCUUGUCUCGGGCAGUGGCCAGGGCAGUGGGGGGAUGCCGAGUGCUUUUCCAUCCACCUGCUUUGAGCUUACCUGGGUGCUUACAACUCUGUUGGAAGCAGGAUUUACCGUCCAGGAUAUUGGAAAAGAACGUGCAGAGCGUUUUGCCCAUUUUCUCACAGACGCAUUAGACAAGAACAAAGGCACAUUGGGCUUUUCACCAGGAAUGGAAGCCGACGUGGACGACACAGCAAAGUCGAUCUUGACCCUGAGUCUCCUCGGCCAUCCUACCUCGCAUCAGGGUCUGCUGAGCAAGUUUGAAGCCGAGACCCAUUUUCGCACGUAUGACCGCGAGCGCAACCCGAGUUUGUCGGCCAAUUGCAAUGCUCUCGUGUGUCUCCUGGCUCAGCCGAAUGUGGCGGACUUGACGCCGCAGAUUAUCAAGAUCGCCUCGUUUCUCACCCGCACCUGGUGGUCUGAUAAUAAUCUAGAAGAUAAAUGGAACCUCUCCCAGUUCUACCCAUGCAUGCUGGUAGCGGAGGCAUUGUCGAAUCUGCUUCUCGUCUGGGGUCAGGGCUCUCUCCCGGCCUUGUCACCCGCCUUUGUGACGGAUUCGGUUCUCAUCUGUCUUCAUCAAGUUGUCAUGCGCGUUUUGAAUGCUCAGAACCCCGAUGGAUCCUGGGGGACCGAACAGUCUGACGAGGUGACGGCGUACGCCUUGCUGGCCCUCAGCAAAGCUUGUAUUAUUCCAUCAGCCACCGCACUGAAAUCCGCAAUCCAACACUCGCAGACAAUAGGAAGAGCAUUCCUUCUCACCAACCCCCGAAAGGAAGAGGGUCUGACCCGGAUUUGGAUUGAAAAGGUCACCUACGGCUCUAUCACGCUCACAGAGACCUAUGUGCUGGCGGCCUUGAAAAUGACUGAUCCAGAGUACCAGCAGAUUACCCUUCCCUCUGUGAUAGCUGAUAUAUCGCCACCCGUUGCGCUGGAGACUGUGGACGCUCUGUCUCGGCUUUGUUUCCGGUCUACUCUGUUUCCGGCAGAGCAGAUGUGGAAGUUACACGGGGCCUAUAUUGAAAGUCGCUUAUUCUCGCCCUAUCUGAGGAGAAUCGUUGAGGAGCUCGUGCCCGAGGUACAGGACGAGCAUGCUCUUCAUGCCAUUCCGUUUGCGUGGACCGCGGGUAAUUAUGCUGCUGAAUGUCCUAUGAGUACAUCCCAGUUGCGUGGGCGCAUUGCGGCUUCUGUGGUGGAACAUUUCAUGGGUCAACGAGGAGCUGUUCGUGGUGAUGGCGAGCUGAAUGAGAUCGUGUCGACGACUGUUGGGGCGUUGAAGAGGUCUGCUCCCGCUGCUCAGGAGACGAAAGGCCAGCCUGUUACCGUUGUGGAGAUUUGAAAGCCCGGUAUGACGGAGAAUGAGGCAGAUUGCUACGAAUAUUCCAUAGGUUAGGCUAUAGUAUUUGAUGCCAAUUACAAUCAUCAAAAACCAAGAAAUUCAACAAGUGUAAAGCUGCUUAUACG